AUGCCAAGAAAAUAUAUUAAGAAAAACCUACAAAAAACGUAUAUUGAAAAUGACUUUCAACUUGCUCUCGAGGCGGUAGAAAAUGGAAGUCGAAGUAUCCGAAAUGCUGCAAAUUAUUUCCAUGUUCCUUAUACAACUCUAAAUUCACACGUAAACAAUCUGACUAUUUAUCAAGAAACCGGUCGUCCCACCAAAUUUAGCAAGUCAGAAGAGCAAUGCCUCGAAGAAACAGCUUUGGUUUUACAAAGCUGGGGAAAACCUUUAUCGACCGAAGAGUUCUUGGAUUUGGCAAAGCAAUAUGCUACUAGUCUGAAUAAAAGUCACUUGUUCCCAUCGGGAGCACCAUCAUAUGACUGGUUUCGUUCAUUUCUUAAACGUCAUCGAAAUUUGGUUCUCAAAAAGUCACGUCCACUAGAAAAAAAACGUGCAUCAGUAACUAUCGAACAAGUCUAUGGUUGGCAUGAUUUACUAACUAAGAUCAUCAAUGAUAAUGACCUGGUCAAUCGACCAGGUCAAAUCUUUAAUUGCGAUGAGACUGGGAUGUCUGACAGUGUUGGUUAUUCCAAAGUACUCGUUCAUAGACAAACAAUCAAUCCAUAUCGAACUGAAGGUGGAACUGGUGGUAAAGCAUAUAUAACCGUGAUGCUUUGUGGUUCAGCAACCGGUUUUCUUUGGCCACCUUUUAUCAUCUAUAAAUCAAAACGAUUAUUUCAAGAAUGGUGCACUGGAGGACCAGCUGAUGCAGGUUAUAGCAAUUCAGAUAACCAAUUUUCCUGUUCAGCAACGAAAUUUAUCGACGUUCGAACUUAUCGAGAGUAUUCCGGAGAAGUUACCGGUUAUUCAUACGUCAAAAUAGCUGGUCGUAUUCCACAUUUUCAGUUCGAUCUACUCGAUGGAAAUUUAACUUGGCAAGAAUUGGAAGAAUAUCUCGAAUUGAUGCGACAAAGCAAUUCCAAUAAUCGACGCUACAAACGAUUGAUCUACAUGUGUGGAACCGGUUGGCGAGCAAGAGUAGCCGUUAUUUUUGCUGAUGAAUUAAACCUAGCUGAAAUCCUCACUGUCCUCGAUUCUGGUUGGUACGAAUGGUCAGAACGUUUCUUUAACUCGAAUUCUACCCCUCCGUGA